AUGGCGGCGGCGGGGGCCGCCUCGCCCCGGUCCCCGGGGCCUCCCGCUCCGGGCACCGCCGCCGCCGCCGCCGCCGCCGCGUAUCGCUUGAUCUCCGGAAUAUUGGCGCUCGACAACAAAACAAUCCCCGCCGCCGCCGCCGCUGCCGCUGCCAGCGGGAACGGGAGCGGGAGCCAGCGCGCGCGCCCGCCGGGCGGGGAGGGGGCGCGGGGCGCGCGCGACCCAGGGUCCUGGCUCGCGGAGGUGGCGUGCGCGGCCCCAGGUGCGGGGCCCGAGCCCAGCUGGGGGCGGGGGGGGGGGGACGGGGGGGCGGGGGCGGGCGCGCGCCCGGAGGGGCAGUGUCCGCAGGACGUGGAGGGCACGCGCCCGCCCGCACUGCCCAGUCUGCGCAGGGCUGCUGUCCAGGGGCAAACGGCUCUGGGGGGCUACAUGAGAUCCUCCCAGGGCGUCCCAAUCCGCAGUGUCCUGCACAAGAUCUGGAUCCAGUCGCGGCUGCUUCGCAGACACAGGACUCUCACUUUGGUCUAUGGCACGUCUCCUGCCACCCCAGAUCACUUCUAUCUUCUCUGUCUCUUCCUGGGACACAGAACCCUAGGGUCGCCUCAGACGCAGCAUCCUUCUGACUGUCCCUCCUAUUUCUUCGUCCAGCACUACACAAUCAGUGGCCCUUCCCUCCCGGUGCAGUUGGGAAGUAUCACGAGGGAUGGUCUCAUGACAAGCACCUCUGGCCAGCAAGUCAUCAGUCACCUCAGAAGAGACCAAGGUCUUGCUUUCUCAGUCGCUGCCUCCCCGGGACUUCUAGUCCCACCAGCCACGUCGCCCCGCCGCCCUCGCGGACCGGCUGGGCCCCCUCCUGGGGUUAGUUCAGGGGAGUGGAGCUGCUCCCCAUGCUUGCGCCAUGACAGCGCCCAGUCAAAAGUCUGGUGGCAAGAUUCCCCGGCUGGGACGCUGCAUUCCCAGCUCCAAGACCAGUCACUGCCUCCUGGGGACUUCUCCCACUGGCUGCAUCCCCACGCCGCCGGCACGGACGGGCUGGGCCCCCUCCCAGGGUGA